UGGCGUGUGACUGAAAGCUCUUUGUGUCGCUGUGAACUGAAAAUUGGGUCUUAUGAUACAAACACAGACAUCAACAUAAUAAUUUGAGUUGUCUUUUGGUUUCUGGUUCACAAUAUCAGAAAAUUAUUGGUUGUUUGCGCUUCCCUCAGUGAUUGUUUACCUGAAAUUACCUCAGUGAUCGUACAGAAGCGAUAGAGGGAGGUGUACAUGCGUUUUCCUCUGAUUUGUGCUUCUCCCUUUGUCAUAGAUUUCUGAAGGUAUUGACACUAGGGCUACAGUCUACACUUUGAGAGCAACAAACACAAUAACUACUCCACGAUGAACCAAUACCCCAACAAUAACACCAAAACCACCACCACCACCACCACCCAUCCCUCCACCAGCAACACCACCACCCCCACGCACCACCAGCAGUACUACCCACAACACCACUACAACGCCCUCUUCAGCAGCAACGGCAGCAGUGGUGGGGGUGGUGGUGGUGGCCCCCGUCCCACGCCCACCAUCACCACGCUCAACACCAGCAGCAGCGUGGGUGUGAUGGGUGUGGGCGUGGAUGAGAGGCUGAGGCACCUGCUGACCACCGUCCCUGAGUCAGCCCUCUCUUCAGCCCACUGGGUCAGCCGGACUGGGAGGUCCUCCUCCUUCUCCACAUCCACUCCCCUCAUUCCUCCCCGUCCUCCCCACCUCUCCUCUUCCUCCACCACCACUCCACGCAUGCCUCCUCCUCGCCGUCACCCCUCCAGUAUCUUCUCUUCCUCCUCCACCAACUCCACGCCCUACCAAACUCCACAUCCUCCCCCUCCCCACCCCAACAUCUCCUCCUCCUCACCUCUCAUGCCUCCCCCACCUCCUCCUCCACCCAAAGUACCACACUCCUCCUCCUCUUCCUUCUUCCCCACCCUCCUCCACUCCUCCGCCUCCACGAUGGAUAGCUCUGUCUUGGCCCCUCCACCUGGCUCCACACACAUUUUAAACAGUGGAAUGGGUGGAGGAAGGAAACGACCCAUGGCUCCACCAUCAGCCUCCACAUCCUCCUCCUCUACAACCCCUGCACCACCACCCCGCCCUUCGCUACCACCACAACCACCACCACUCGACCUCUCCGAUGAUCUGGCCGCUCAAGGUCACCUGUCAAUGGACGAAGAGCCAUCUCAGGUGCUGAUGAGCCUCUCCUGGACGCGGGGCAAGUUGGGGGCUGCCUUCUACGACGUCACUACUGAACAGGUGUACGUGGUGGAGGACAAGGUGGAGGCGGCCCCGGACUUUUGGGUGCUACGGUGCCUCUUUCGGGAGCAGCGGCCAAGGUGCAUGUUGGUCGGGGGUCGGCAGGAUCAGCGUCUGUUUGAGGUGCUGCGAGAGCUGUGUGGAGGAGCUGUAGGAGUCCCUUCACCCUACAACAACAACAAACACACCCCACCACAGGCUGGUGGUGGUGGUGAUGGUGGAGGUGGAGUAGCAGGGAGACGCACCACCACCACCACUAACAACACCACCAACAACUCAACGUCACCGUCAAGCUCAACCACCUCCUUCACCUCCUCCUCUUCCUCUUGCCACCUCAGAAUCCUUCCCAUGGGGGACUUCAAGUACGAGCUGUGUGUCCGGCGCGUGCUGUCCCUGUCGCUGCCCGGGGAGCCAGAGGGUGCCACCGAGGGGGAGAGGGAGCUGUUCGUGCGGGGCCUCGUCAACACCCACCUGCGGGCCAUGACCAGGGCGUUGGGGGCACUUCUCAGGUUUCUGGACGUACACGGAGCCGAGAUAGCCGCGCCGGGUCACCUGCUGGAGGCAACACCUGUCCUGGGUAUACAUGUGUACGUCAUGGAGGACAUGGCCCAGCUGGACGAGGCCACGGCCGUCGCCCUUCAGGUGUUCUCGGAGGAGCAGCACCCGGCGGCCUCCAAGAGCGGCAAGCCCUCGGCCAGCAAGGAGGGGCUCAGCCUGUACGCCCUGCUGUCCCGCACCGCCUGCCCCAUGGCGCGCCACACCCUCAGGCGAGUGUUGCUGCGGCCCCUGGUGGAGGUGGGGGCGCUGGAGGGGCGGUACGCGGCCGUGGGCUGGGGGGUGGACUCUGCCAACAUGGACACCCUCAAGCAGCUGCAAGCGUGCCUCAGACAUGUUUCCAACGUGUCGUACACAGUGGGACGUCUGCAUCGGGGCCAGCUCGGUGUGAGGGACUGGAAGGUUCUCUAUAAGUCCCUCUUCAACGCCAUCCUCAUCGGGGAGAUCUGCCAGGCCCAGGACCAGGGCAUCCCCAUCUUCAAGCAGGAAGCAAAAGCAAAUUCUUGGUUUGCUGCAGAAAAGACCUAUCUGAAGGCAGCAACGGCCCUGCUAGAUGACUCAUCCUCAGACACAGAAGAUACAGCACCUCCCCAUCUCCAGGCCCAGAGAAAAAGAAGAGGAAAGUACAUGGAGGAGGUCAUGCCAUGUCCCAAAACCCCUGAAGACUGGAAGAAGAUAGUAGAAGAAUUUGGCGGCAGAUGGCAGUUCUACAACUGUAUAGGUGCUUUAGAUGGAAAGCACACUGCCAUCAAGUCCCCACGUAACCAAGGUUCUGUCUACUACAACUACAAAGGCUUUCACUCCAUAAUCCUGCUGGCUCUGGUGGAUGCUGGUCACAAAUUCAUCUUCAUUGACUGUGGGUCCAAUGGCAGUGCUAGUGACAGUGGUGUCUUCAGAGAUACACAGCUCUUCAAGAAGUACACAUUUAUCAACCAUCCAGAAAGGGGGGAUGAACAGCUGGGUGAGCAGCACGCUGACUGCCCAGGUCGGGAUUCGAACUCGGGGCCUUGGAUUCGUAGCUAG